AUGGACGACGAGGAAGAGACGUAUCGUCUGUGGGAAGAUCCGGAAGCCAUCAUGCAGCUCUGCCAUGAUCGCGGCUAUCUAGUGACCCAGGGUGAGUUGGACCAAAAGACGCUGGAGGGGUUCAAAGCCCUUGGUGACAAGCCCCGUGAAGGGCGGCCCCGACGCACGAUCUCACUGUGCUGGUGGCCCACAAUGUGACCCCCCAGAUCAGUGUUUGUCUUUUUCCCAGAGGAACCAAAAGUUGGGAUGACUAUCAAGAUGUACUGCAGCGGAAUGCAGGAGGAGAAAUCCACCACCGGGCCCUCAUUGUGGUUACAACAGUGCAUGACUCUUCAGCCAAGCAGGUAUCAAAGUCUUGUUACAUGGGCACCCAAGUACAUCCUUGAACAAUUCCUUCAACAGGAGCUGCUGAUCAACAUCACUGAACAUGAGCUUGUACCUGAACAUGUUGUCAUGACCAAAGAGGAGGUGACGGAAUUACUGGCGCGAUACUGAGUAGAGAACCAGCUUCCUAGGAUACAAGCUGGUGACCCCGUGGCACGUUACUUCGGAAUCAAGCGAGGCCCGGUGGUGAAGAUAAUUCGUCCCAGCGAGACGGCUGGCCGGUACAUCACCUACAGGCUGGUGCAGUAG